GUGUUGGCCCGUGGCCGCUCUCAGGUUUCUCUCUGGUUGUACUACUCUCAUGAUGCUUCAACGACUCCACGUUGGCACACGUAUGUCAACAUGGCUUCGAAAGAAAGUAACCUACCCGUACUGUACACAGAAUUAAAUAAAUUAGGACAGAACGGGGAUUACGAAAGAGCUUUGAAAACCGCGAAUAGAAUCUUAGGCAUCUCCCAAGAUGAAGAGGCUGCAUUGCACUGCAAGAUUAUCUGUUACAUACAGCUGUCCAAGUUCAAUGAGGCGUUACAAAUUAUUGUUAAGACUCCCAAAUUGGCAACGAAUUUGGAAUUUGAAAAAGGGUACUGUCUUUAUCGUUUGAAUCAAGUUUCUGAAGCAUUGAAAGUAAUAGAUAAUGUACAAAAUCCUUCUUUAAAGAUUAAAGAACUAAAAGCUCAAAUAUUGUAUCGUCUAGAAAGAUACGAAGAAUGUUUUGCAGUAUACAGAGACAUUAUCAAGAAUUCACAUGAUGAAUAUGAAGAAGAAAGGGAAACUAAUCUUGCCGCUGUGCUUGGAAAUCUAGCAAUUCAGGAUUCUACUUUGGAAGUUCCUUCAUUACGCGAGCACACUUAUGAAUUAAUGUAUAACGCAGCAUGUCGUUUGAUUGCGCAAGGAAGCAAGGACGAUAGGACUUCCUUAAUUGAAGCUGAAAAGAAAUUGAAGAUUGCUGAAAAAAUGUGCAAGGAGGGCUUGGAGGAAGAUGGAGCAUCUGAGGAGGAAAUUGAAAAUGAACUGGGUGUAAUUCGAGUACAACUUGGCUAUUGCCUGCAGUUGCAGGGGCGAGAGAAAGAAGCUCAAGCGUUGUACACAGCUGCUUUGAAGGCCAAGCCAGACGAUAUCGCAUUAGUCGCCGUAGCUAGCAAUAAUUUAGUAUGUCUGAAUAAGGAUCAAAACGUCUUUGACAGUAAAAAGAGAAUGAAAAGUGCCACUCACGAAAGUCUGGAACACAAAUUGACCUCCAGGCAACGGAGAAACAUCGCGUACAAUCAAUGUUUACUAGCAUUUUUUACUGAUCAAGGUGAACAGUGCCACCAACUGUGCAAUAAUCUCGCAAAAGAUCACGUUACGCUCGCGGCGGACGCGAUGUUCGUGAAAGCUGUGCAACUUAGCAAGGAAGGCAAAGCGAUAGACGCAAUGAAAUUGUUGACCCAGCAUGCGGUCGGCGAGAAGGAAUUACCCAUGAAAUUGGCUAGCGUGCAAGUACUUUUGAGUCAGGAAAAGAGACAAGAAGCGAUCGCUGUCCUCGAGAACCUAAAUGAAAGGGACAGAUCCUUGCCAGGAAUAGUCAGUGCGCUCGUGACGCUCCAUAUGGCCGAUAACAAUCGUGAAAGAGCAUCGGAUAUUCUAAAGAACGCGGUCGCAUAUUAUAAAAAGAACAAAGAAACCAACAAAAAUCUAGGAGAAUUAUGGCGACAGGCUGCUAAUUUUUAUUUGCGGAGCGGAGAGCUCAAGAUCGCUGCCGACAUUCUGCAAGAAUUGAUCGAUGCUUCGCCGUCGGAUGUCAAGACUUUGGCUCAAUUAGUAGUUGCUUACGUCCAAUUUUGCCCGACUAAAGCGCAAGCGUUGUCCAAACGACUACCACCGCUUCACGAUCUCGCUGAAACCAUAGACGUGGACGCGCUGGAAAGUAGCAAUUGGGUUAUCGGCACCAAAGUAGUGAAGAAAAAGAUAGAACCCUCUCCCGGCAAACCGAUAUUAGAUGCGAUACAGAAGAAGCAGAAGAAGAAACGUAAACGCAAAGGUAAGCUGCCGAAGAACCACGAUCCGAAUAUACCUCCCGAUCCGGAGCGGUGGUUACCAAGACAUGAGCGUAGCGGAUUCCGUAAGAAACGCGACAGAAGAAACAGAGAUGCCGCCAUGAAAGGCACGCAGGGAGCAGCUACAGGAGCUAGUGAUCUUUAUGACAUCACUAAAAUGCCUGCAAAUACCAAGCCUUCUCCGAAUCCCCGUCAUAGUCCAGCGGUGGAAACUUCUGGACCGCGUCAACAACAACGCAAAGUCCAGCAGAAGAAGAAGAAGAAAGGCAGCAAGUGGUAACGAUUUUGAUCGGAUCAUGUUAAACCUAACGUUUUCCCGAUAUAUCAAUCAGAUUGUAUAGUCCACCGGAAAAAAAGAUGAAAGGAGCAUUUCGUACUGUAAAAAAUACAAACAAGAACAAUCAAAUGCA